AACCUACCGUCCUUGCCUAAUUUCAGCCGGCCAGACUGCGGCACCGGUCUGCGGCACCGAACUGCGGCACCGGCGUGGAGUGCAGCUCAAGACUUCGUACGAGAGAGCGGAGUGGAGUCGUCCCAGCGAGUUUGAGUCAUCUAGAGACCAUUUUCCAGCCGGCUAUUUCAGUCACCAAGCAUCGCCACAGGAGCUGGAAAUGUGUUCUUAACAGUUGGAUUCAUAGCCAUCCCAGCUAUUAUUGUCGUCAACUUCAUUUUUCCUGAGGUACAGAGCUUAAUCAAUAGGCGAAGCAAUGGAUUCCCCAUUCGAAGGUGUGGAUCACAGUAGUAAAUGGAGUAAGGGUAACUUCGACAAGAUGACCGACGAGGUCAAGCCUUCUCCACUACCACCUCUUCAGCAGCGGAGAAGCCUUGAACGGAAAGAUGACAGAGGCUUAGAAAGGAAACGUGGACGACAGCAUUACUCCAGUCGCAGUCGGUCUCCGCGGCUUCGAGAACGUCGCUACAAAAGGAGCCACUUGAGGUCCACCCCUCCUCUUUCUCCGUCUCCUCCGCCACGACGCUCGAUGACACAAUCAUCUUACAAGUGUUCUCGCUCUCAAAGGGAUGACUAUGAUGACUGUCGCUCUCCUCACUCACGGCGGUACUCUCCCUCCAGGAGGGAUGACUGUUAUGGCCUUCGAGCUCCACACUCCCGUCGCUCGUCACCACAUUCUUUUUCCAAGGGUUCUCAAAGAGAUAACUAUGAUGGCAGACGCCGCUCUCCCCCCUCACGACGACGCUCGCCUCCGUCCUACAAACGCCCAAGGAGGGAUAACUCUGAUGACCGGGACCCACCAUCACCACGACUUUCUCCGUCACCCUUCCCUUACAAACCCCUUAAGACUUCUAGGAGGGAUGAAUGUGAUGGCAGAAGAGAAAGCACUAAAGAUGGACAAGAUGAUCGGAGCUGUUUACCCCCCACAUUGAAAAAUUAUGUGCCUGAAGCAUCCCUUGCGACUCUGCCUCCAGUUAACCCAUUGCGCCCCAGCGCACUUUCUCGGCUUAAUGAUGAAAGUUUUGUUUGGCCUUGGAAGGGAAUAGUCGCUAAUGUUCCUAUUCAGUACAAGGAUGGAAAGUUUAUUGGCGAGAGCGGGCAAAAGCUUAAAGAGGAGUGGGUUGCCAAAGGGUAUAACCCAGUGAAGGUUCAACCAUUGUGGAGUAGUAAGGGGCAUUCUGGCUUCACUAUUGUGGAGUUUGCCCGGGACUUCUCUGGGUUUGAAAAUGCAAUGGCAUUUGGACGGGAGUUCGAGCUGGAUAAACAUGGAAAAUUGGAAUGGACUUCCGGGAAGAGAGAUGACAAGCUCUUUGCGUGGAUUGCUGGCCGUGAUGACUACAAUGCCCCUGGCAUUAUUGGUCAUUAUCUCAAGAAAAAUGGAGAUUUGAAAUCUAUUUCUGAGAUCCAAAACGAGAAUCAGAGGAAGAAUUCAAAGCUGUAUUCUGAUUUGACCACAAAGCUGGAGUCCAAGAGCAGGAAGUGCGAGGAGAUUGCAGAGAAGAUAAGUAAAACUGAUAGGAAGCUGAACAAUGUCAUGCGACAAAAGGACGAGAUGCUUGCAAAGUAUAACAAAGAGUUGGAGAAGAUGCAGCAAAAGGCAUUGUCAGAGCUACAGAAUAUUCUAAGGGAGAAUAAGAGAAGUGAGCAAAGAUUAAAUGACCAGCGUGAAAAGCUGAAACUGAAAGAAAAUGAACUGAAAUUUCGUGAAAAACUAAAUGAAAGUGAGAAGAGGAAGCUUGAUAGUGAUAAAGAGAUGAAUGAGAAGGCAAUUCUUGCUCAAAAAAAGGCUGAUGAGACAAUGUUGAAAUUAGCUGAAGAGCAAAAGAGAGAAAAAGAGCUCUAUCACCAAAAAAUCAUUGAACUUGAAAAGGAACUGGAUAGAAAGCAAGCACUGGAAUUAGCGAUUGAGUCCUUAAGAGGUGCCAUUGAAGUCAGGAGACAUAUGGGCGAGGAAGGAGAUCUGCUAGCUAAGAAAAAACUGACAUCAAUUGAAGAAGAGCUGAAAGAGAAGGAAGAAGAACUUGAGGAUAUGGAAAACACGAACAACAAUCUCAUUAUAAAGCAACGGCGCGACAAUGAUGAAGUGCAAGAUGCUCGUAAAGAGUUGAUCAAUGGAUUGAAAGGCAGCCGUGCCAACAUUUCUGUGAAGUUAAUGGGGGAUCUUGAUACUAAGCCAUUCAUUGUUGUUGCUAAGCGAAAAUAUUCCAAAAAAGAAGUACCAGAAAAAGCAGAGGAGCUGUGCACACUGUGGGACAAUAACUUAAGUGACCCCCACUGGCAUCCUUUUAAGCGUGUCAUCAAGAAGGGUGAUGGAUCAGAUAAUAAUGCAAGUGAGGUGGAGGAGGAUGUGAUAGAUGAAGAAGAUGAAAGGCUGGUUGGUCUAAAGGAGGAGCAUGGUGAGGAAGUAUAUGAAGCGGUGAAGACUGCGCUGAAAGAGUUGAAUGAAUACAACCCUAGUGGGAGGUACCCAGUGAAAGAGCUUUGGAACGUCAAAGAGAAGAGAAGGGCUUCCCUAAAGGAAGGUGUGGAGCAUAUUAUUAAACAAUGGAGGAUACUCAAGGGGAAGAGAAAGACCUGAGGGCAAUUUGACAAGUGCGGGUUACAACUGAGUACUAACUAGCAGAGUAAUGUUUAUACUAACUAGUAGAGCAAUGUUUAUUGUGGGCAGAAUUUGCUUAUAUAUAUUUAACCUAGAUUUUAGAGUAACAUAUCUCUAAGCAGCAGAAUAUGUUGAAACAUCUAACAUGGAAGGUGGCCUACUUGCUUUAAGGUGUAGAGACAUUAAUAGGUUAGAGUAUUGUAUAUUUGGUUACACUACCUAUCAAGGCAUUGAAGAUGUUGUUUUACGCUGUCCAAGCCUUGUGCCUUUUGUGUAAGCUUGGACAAGCUCCCGGUUUCAGACUGUCAUUGGCUGAUUUGCUGCACUUGACCAAAUUCAUUAUCCAGAUCUGAAGCAGAACCUCUCAUAUCGGGUUACCAAUAAGUAAUAGGCUGGUAUAUUUUUAUGCAGUAUAUGAAUUUGGAUAAACUGAAUCCAAGUUGGGUGGAAAACAGUUUGUUCUACCUGACCUCAAACUGUUCUGGUAUUACUUGUGUUGAUCAUAGUUCCUACUUCCUACGUUUUAAGUUUUAAGGGUUGAUUGGGAAUAGGCUGGUCCAAAACUAGAAAUGAGAAUACAGACAUACAGUUUGUUACAAUCUUAUACUACGGUGUUUCAAUUGGGCUGCACUCAGAAAUAUCUUUCCUUGUUCUAUGCAGUCCUACGUAAAAAUGUAAAAUAUAAUUUAAUACGGAGUACAAAAGUAAAAGUUGUAAUAAUGCAAAAUGAGUUUCCUUUGACCGGUAGUUUUGUGUUUUACAUUUAAACUUAAAAUAUUCUAGCAUAUCUUUUUUAUGUUGACGUGAUUACUGAAAUUGCUUUUGGCAAGUUUUAUAAGCUUUUUCCCACAGCAGCCGGCCCCAAUCGGGGAUUAGCCUUAUUAUACACGCAAGUGUUAAUCUAAUUGGAAUUGGUAAACCUGACUUACUUUGUGAUCAACUUACUUCGAAGAAUCGAAGUGUGAGUAACAUGUUUAGAAAUGUAUACCACAAUAUGGUUUAAACUUCAUUAUCGUCCCUUAAACUCUGACAACUUUUGUACGAAAUUUAUAUUUAACCUAGAAUUUAGAGUAGCUUAUACUAUGGAGAGACCUCAACACGUUAGAAUUUUGUAUAUUUGGUUUAUUGGUUACAUUAUCCCUUUUUUGACAAACAAAUAACUAAUUAUUCAGUAAUGAUAGCAAUGAAACAAAUGAAUGAAUAACUUAAGGAUACAAUGGGAUGAAAUAUGAAACAUAAAAGAUCCAAUGAAUCACUUCAGAUGGCUAAUCCUACAAUAAUAUAGCCUAGUCUAACAACCUUGUUGAAUUUGCUACUUCAAGGAAAAAUAAAAAUUAUAAUUAAAAUAUCCGACUUCACUAUUCACUAACCAUCGGAAAGAAAGAAUUUAUUUGACUCGCAACCAUAAAAAGAAGUUCUAUUGAGCAAGAAUUGUCUGAAUCACCAGUUUGACCAGCCGCCGAAAAGGAGAUUUAAUAGAGCGCUAUAUUUCUCGAGUAAGACAGUGGUUCAUAAAGAGGGCGCAUAGCCGAGAGCCGAGAUCUAAAGAAACUAGGUUCAGUGAGUCUUGUCACUCAUGCACAACGAAAAUUCACCACCUGAUCAGUUACGCCGACGAGAAAUACACAUCCUCUAGACAUUGUUAGGACAAGAACAUACAUAUGAAUAUAUCUCACACUCAUUUGAAGCGGAAAAAAUUCUCUACUACAAAGGAAGUCGGACCAAAACCGUAAAUCCCCAAGUUAGAAAUCAAAUAAAAACGAAAGCAUAAUAGAACCUCUUACUUUAUUUUUCAAGGAAGAAGUUAAUGGCGGAGACCAAUCCUCCCUCUACUGGGAUGCCUAAUGCCUUCUCGGAUUUGCUUCCGGCCAAAGAACGGGAAAUGAAAACACUGUUCUACUCCCGGUUUGAGACUGACAUUGACUAAUUCACUUCACUUGACCAAAUUCAUGAUCCAGAUCCGAAGCAGAACCUAUCAA